AUGCUGGCCGAAUACCCUCUGGGCAGCGCAGAGUCCCUGCCGCGAGUCCCGCCCAAGACCCAGGUCCGCACCUCCUACCGCUCGCGACCUACCAUGGGCAAGCCGCUCAACGCCACCAGCGCCAGCCCCACGCCCUCAGCGCCUGCGCCCGCCAACGUGGAGAAGACGGCCGUCUCUGAGCACGCCCUCGAAGCCAUCCACCAUGCCAUCAGCGGACAGCCCUGGGCCGACCUCGAGCUCAUCGUCUCGCACGGCAGCGGAACCCAGAGCGUCUUUGCCAAUAGCAACAUCCUCAAGAAGGCGUGCCCCGUCCUCAUGAAGGAAAUCAACCGCACCGGUGCCCUCGAGCUCGACACGAUGGAGGACCUCAACCCGGUCGGUGGCGGCAAGUCGGGUCGGCGCACCGCGUCGGCCAGCCUCUCAUCGCGCCCCACCUCGGCUCGACGCACCUCGUCGAGCGGCCUGCUCGACUACAGCUCCAACGGCCGCCCUCGCGAGCGCGCGCCCGGCUCGUUCAACCGCCGCUCCGAGGGGGGCGACGAGUACGACGACGCGCAGGACUCGUUCCUUGGCGAUGACAACAACGACGACGACGUCGACCGCGAGUUCCCCCGCAAGAAGAGCGGCGCCAUCCGCCGCGACGACAACCUGGUCGACGACGACGAGCUCGAGCACGAGGACGACGUCGACGAGGCUUCGUCGUACCUCGCUGCCGGCCACCGCGUCGCCAAGGUGCCUGGCUCGAACGGCUCGACGCCCGUCGAGACGCCCUCGUCGCCGUUUGCCAACACUUUCAGCAAGGCGCGCCUGUCGCGCUUUGUCAAGUUCAUGGGCAAGGACAAGACGCCCGACGCGCUCGAGUCGCCCUCGCUCGCCACGGGCCCCGUGGUGCCGGGCAAGGAAGACUACCUGAGCGAAGGGGGUCGCGUCCGGAGGUACUCUGCCGCCAACGAUCUCUACCCGAGGAGCGGCGAGAUGGGCGCCAACGGCUCGCGGCCCACCAUCGGCGGACGGGCCCCUGCGGCAUCGCGCGUCCACGUCAGCGGGUGCACGCCCGGCACGCUCCAGGCGCUCAUCUUCUACCUCUAUACCGGCCAGACGAGGUUCGCGCGCAAGCCCACCCGCCGCGUCGGUGGGGCCGGCGACGAGUCGGACCUCUCGUCGGACGAGGAGGACGACGUCGACGACGAAGACGCCGACCACGACGACGAGGCCGACGUCCCCGAGGCCUCGGGCGACAAGCACGACGGCUCCAAGUCGCAGAGCUACCCGCCGCUCCUCUCGUCGCGCGCGGCCUACUGCCUGGGCCACCAGCUCAACCUGCCCGACCUCCAGGCGCGCGCCUUUGCGCACCUCUGCGGCCUGCUGUCGUCGCGCACGGUGCUCGGCGACCUGCUGUCGCCGUUUGUCGACCGCUUCGCCGAGGUGCAGCAGGCGCACCUCGACUACAUUUCAAAGCACUGGGACAGCGUCAAGUCGCGCGACGACUUUGCGCCCAUUAUCGGCAAGCUGGUCAAGGGCGAGUACCCCAAGGCCAACGCGGCGCUGCUCCAGCUGUUUGCCAAGUUCCGCAUCUCGCCCUGA